CCACCCCCCUGCCAGUUAUGCUCCCCCGCUUCAUUCUUUCCCACCCUUGCCAGAAUAUUCCCUGAUUCCCUGCACCUCUUCCUGGAAAUGACUCUCCUUCUCUCUUCUCCUCUGCCCCUCCAGUCCCCACACAACCCCCCCAGCUCCCAGGCAGGCCUGGAGAAGAAGGCUCAGACCACUGGGCACCUCCAAAGUGUCCCCUAACUGGGUCACUCCCCGUCAGCCACUGCUUUACCGGGUGGGGAGGAGGUAGCUGAGGGCUGGGAGGAAGUGGUCAGCUAGAGGAGAGAAAGAAAGGAGAAAUAGGUUCUGCUUUCACCAGAGUUUCUUCCUGGGCUUCCACAGCUUUCUACAUCCCAACCCCAGUGCGACAAGGAGGAAGAGGCUGAGCACGAGACAGCCACAGCAGUAGCCGCAGAGUCCCCUGGAGCCUCAGUCCAGUCUUGGGGUUGACGCCUUUCAGGGCUCACGUGUAGCACCUGCAGCGGGAAGGUCCCCUCCUCCCAGGCCUCCUACUGCCCCGUUGGAGCACGCUUCUUCCCCCCGGACCAGCGAGGGUGGCUGUGCUGAAUCCCCACCCCUGUCCCCCAGCCAGAAGCUCCCUGUCCUCGGGACUUCCCUCUCCCACCCCGGCUCAAGAAGAGGGCCCAUGGCCGGGGGGGGCACACACCUGCUGCUAUCUGUCCUUCUGAUGCUCCUGGCAUCACCAGGCUCCUGGGAACAGAAGUCACUGUUGCUGCGCAAACUGGAAGGGGAGACGGUCUCCGUGAAGUGCCUGUACCCGCCCUGGACAGGUUCCAACAUGAUGAGAGUCUUGUGCAGGGACAUUUCAGCAGAUACUUGUAUCGUGUUAGCCUCCAACACCAGGCUCCCGAGAGUGUCCGGGGAACCUCGAAACUCUAUUCAGGAUUAUUCCAGUUUAGGCUACUUCAUCGUCACCAUGACUGAGCUCAGGGUGAAGGACUCCGGAUUUUAUUCAUGUGGAUUCUACAAAUCCUCAGAGAUCUCUGUUCUCAGAAAAUUCCGUCUGGUGGUAUCUCGGGCUACAACCACGCCCACCACCACGAGCACCAGGAGCACUACAGCCUGGACCUCCGCCACCAGCUCUGUCACCGACAGCUCCGAAAGCAAUUGGCGUCUCAUCAUUCCCACCUCGACGGUGGCCGUCCUGCUGCUGCUGGUGCUCAUGGUCCUCAUGAUCCUGUACUUCAAGAAAGCCCGAGGAAGUGCCGGGAAAGGUGAGGACAAACUUCACGUCUAUGACAACAUUUCGGUCCAGAGGGAAAAGACCACUGAACACCGGAAAGACUCCUCGUCAGGGCAGAGGCGAUCUCAGGUUUCCUGGGGCUCCAAUCAACAGAUGGGCUCUGACGAGGACUCUGGGGCCAUUUGCUAUGCUUCACUUACCUACUUGAACAACUUUGACCUUGAGGACUCCAUCUAUGUCAACACCCACCCCAACCUGAGGCCCACGCCUGACCCCCUUCUGACUGUGGAAUAUGCCAGCAUCUCUGGAAGCAGACCCCAGCCCUCCAACUUGACUGCCCUGGAGGGGGAAACUCAGGAGCUGAAGGCAGACUUCACUGGGCAGUGAGCACUUAACAAGUACCUGUGAGGCGUGGGGUUGCCCUACCAGUGAUACGGGGACUUUGGUGGGACAAAGAUGGUCCCAAACCAGCAAAAGGUCAUCCCUUCCUACAAAGAAGGUGAGGAAGGGGGAGGAGAAGAAAGUCCUUAUCACUCCAGAGGAGAGAAGCUUUGAGUCUAAAGGCUGUGCUGGACAGGCUCUGGGGCCCAUAGAAGGGGUUUCUAGACACCUGCCUGCUCCCUUCCCCAGGGUCUAGGAGGAAGGCUAUUAGAGCAAAGUCCAAUUAGAUAGGGUCUGGAUCCCAGUGCCUCUGAGUGACCCAAUGUUCGCCCCGCUCUGUGACCCUCACUUCCUUCCUGACCAGGGGCUGUGAAACCCUGACACACUGUGCAAGUUCCUCUUUGGUGACUCUCCUCAUGAAACCCCCCCCCCCCCCCAUCCACCCCCAACUACCUCUCAGGGCUGCUAAGCCAGGCUGGAAAGUUCUUUUCCUCCACCAGAGCUCCUUCCUGACCUCCUGAUUUUGAUUCUCACAAAUGACCCUGCCAGUAUGUGGGCAGUGUCCUGCACUCAAGAGUCCCUCCUAACACUUGGCCUUGCUGGGCAGGGGUGGGAGGCAUGGGAGCUUCCUUCCCUAUAGUGGCCCCCGCAGCCACUGUAGGGAACUGACCUGGGCUCCCUCCCCUUCCAUGGAAACCAUCAACUACCUUGCUAGCUUCAUCUCCAACAGAGCAGGCUGAGGGCCACCUCCUGCUUUGCCCAAGUACACUUCCACAGGGCUCUUACGGAGACAUGGGCCCUCUUUUAUUCUGCACCUCCAAGGAGUGACUCUGGAUCGUGGGAAUUCUAAGCCAUGGGGACAGAGGGUGCUGUCCUACCAUGUCAUGGGAAAGAUUGCUUGAAUUGCCGAUUCAUUACUUCUUAAGGGUGACAUUUAAAGAUCAUCAAAUCCAACUGCCAGUGGGAGGCCAGAUCCCUUCUGCAAAAUUCCAGUGAGUCAUACAGUGUCUGUCCCAGUCUCUUGGAGGACAGGGGAUUCACCGCUUAUUGGUCAGUGUGAAUGGUUUUGUCAGACAGGAACUUGUUUGCCAUCAGUCACAGUGAGACAUCAGCUUUGCUUCCAGGAUGGGACCUGAGGGUGUGGCUGCUUCAGGGCCAGGAAGGGAGAGGGGUUGGAGAGGAAAAGGGUGGGUGGUCUGAGGUCUGGCAGGCUGGGGUGUGAUGAUGAGGUCUUCUUCAGGGAGGAAGGCAAAGUAAUUCCUUGUCACUUGUGACAUCCCAGGUUCCCAGUGUUGAGGAUGUGGUUCUGUCCCAAGUCUGUGGCUGUUGGGGACAUCUAGGAACAACCCCGAGUUGAAAGAGGUGGAGAACAGGAUGCUCUGAGCAUCACCUUGGCUCCUCAGGUCUCUUCCCUUCCCCUCCAGUGCUCCAGAUUUGACUACCAGAGGCUGGGCACCUGCUGUAUCCUGACCUCUCACCCUACCCGGCCUUGCUCUGAGAGGGCCAUCAGCACUGACCUAUGGCCUCAUUAGACCUCUGGUCUUCUGUUGUGCUAGGCUCCUGACAGUGCCUCUUGGUCUAUAUUUUAGUCUACAUACCCACUGGGGGAGCCCAUCUUCACCAUGGUCUUCUCAACUCGGGUUUCCUGGCUAUAACACCACGAGCCAUCCCAGGGGUCAGGUUCCUCCCGCCACUGUCCAAAACCAAAGGAUUUACUCAGACUAGAACCCCUGGAGUUAUAGGCAUUACACAUUAUUUAUAGGGGCCUGCUGACCUCCAGCCACUGCUCAGGGGUGGUGAUUAAGUCUAGUAAGCCAACAGUUAUGGAGUGUUUCUUAUAGCCACAUUCCUCUACAUACCUUAAUGGCUUAAACAACCUCAUAAGGUAAGUGCUUUCCCUUCAUUUUAAAGAUGGGGAAAUUGAGACGCAGACA